CUUGACAGUGCUUAAGCUGCCAGCUUGUGUGGGGUAAGCGCCCCAGAAGUGGGGUGCAGCUCAGGGUGCCGCAGGAACUCCGCAGAGGCACCCGGGAGCACCGAUUCGCUGCUGGUGGAGGAGAAAAGCAUCAUCCAUGGUGUGCGGAAGGAACCGCGAGGCAAGAGCGAGGGAGAGGAGGAGCGGCGGCCGCUGGACCUCAGCCUCCGGAUGACCAUGUUCCUCCUCUCUGUCCCAAAGAGCUCCUCUCGCUGCCCUUUUCCCAGCGGUUCAGGAAAUGACUUAACAACCCUUGAGACUGUAAAGAAGAUCAUCUGGGAGCAAAACAGGGCAAGUUUGGGCCCCUGAAGGAUCCACAGCUUUCAAGUGUCUCAUCUCAGCCAGGUUCUGUGCAGCUCUCUUAAGCAACAUCUCUGAUUGUGAUGAGACCUUUAACUAUUGGGAACCAACACAUUAUCUCGUUUAUGGAGACGGGUUUCAGACAUGGGAAUACUCUCCAGCCUAUGCCAUCCGCUCCUAUGCUUACCUGUGGCUUCAUGCCUUACCAGCCUUGUUCCACGCUAGAGUUCUACAAACUAACAAGGUUCUUAUCUUCUAUUUCCUCCGGUGCUUCCUGGCCUUCCUGAGCUGCGUUUGUGAGCUCUACUUCUACAAGGCUGUGUGCAAGAAGUUUGGGCUACACGUGAGCCGGCUGAUGUUGGCCUUCCUAGUGCUCAGCACUGGCAUGUUUUGCUCAUCUGCAGCUUUCCUCCCAAGCAGUUUCUGCAUGUACACCACAGUGAUUGCCAUGACUGGCUGGUAUAUGGACAAGACCUCGGUAGCAGUGCUGGGGGUGGCUGCUGGAGCUCUUCUGGGCUGGCCCUUCAGUGCAGCCCUUGGGCUUCCUAUUGCAUUUGACCUGUUGAUACUAAAGCGGAGGUGGAAAAGUUUCCUAAACUGGUGUAUGGUGUCAUUGAUCCUGUUUUUGGUGCCCUUGGUAGUUGUGGACAGCUAUUACUAUGGGAAGCUGGUAGUUGCACCACUCAACAUUGUUUUAUACAAUGUCUUCACCUCUCAUGGACCUGAUCUCUAUGGUACGGAACCCUGGUCCUUCUAUUUCAUCAAUGGCUUUCUGAAUUUCAAUGUGGCGUUUAUCUUGGCGUUGCUUGUGCUGCCCCUGACUUGUCUCAUGGAGUGUCUGCUCCAGAAAUUUCAUGUUCAGAACCUGGGCCGUCCCUACUGGCUGACACUAGCUCCUAUGUACAUUUGGAUCAUGAUUUUCUUCACUCAGCCUCACAAAGAAGAGCGGUUUCUCUUUCCCAUCUAUCCCCUCAUCUGUCUCUGCGGAGCUGUGGCUCUGUCUGCUCUUCAGAAAUGUUACCACUUCAUAUUCCAGCGCUACCGCCUGGAACACUACACGGUCUCCUCCAACUGGCUGGCUCUGGGGACCGUCUUUCUCUUUGGCCUGUUGUCACUGUCCCGUUCUGUUGCCUUAUUCAGAGGCUACCAUGGGCCCCUGGACCUGUACCCAGAAUUUCACAGGAUCGCCACUGACCCAAGUAUUCACACUGUGCCGGAGGGGAGGCCGGUCAACGUCUGCGUGGGGAAGGAGUGGCACAGGUUUCCAAGCAGCUUUCUCCUGCCGGAGAAUUGGCAGCUCCAGUUCAUCAUGUCAGAAUUCAGGGGCCAGUUACCAAAACCAUUUGCCAAGGGACCAAUGGCCACACGGAUCAUUCCCACGGACAUGAAUGACCAAAACAAGGAAGAGCCAUCUCGAUACAUUGACAUUUCCAAAUGCCACUAUCUGGUGGACUUGGAUACAGCAGCUGAAACCCCGAGGGAGCCGCGGUAUUCCUCCAACAAAGAAGAGUGGGUAACCAUUGCCUACAAGCCAUUUCUAGAUGCUUCCAGGUCCUCAAAGCUGCUGCGUGCGUUCUACAUCCCUCUCCUCUCAGAGCAGUACACGUGGUAUGCAAACUAUACGAUUCUGAAAUCCCGGAGGUCGAAGCAAACCAGGAAAAGAAUGGGAGGCUAGCAACACACCUGGGCACCAAAACCAUCUGCUGCCACUCUUAGACAGCUGCCUAAGCCAUCCUCUGUUCCCUUUUUGAAAGCUCAUGCUUGUAAGAUUCACUAAUGAAGAUUUCCCAUGAAGUGAUAUUACUCUGCAAGCUUCCAGCUGUAAGAAGGGUGCAUCAUCUGCUUUCCGUUCUCAGUAUCAGAUCUCAGCUCUGCUGACACAGAACAUAUUGGUAAGAAACUAUUUGAAAAUCCAGCAGCCACCUAUGGACACGUUAUCCCUGUUGCUCCCUGUGUUAUUAUCUAUUACACCAGAGAAAAAUGGAAAAUAAAAAGGAAUGAUGGUAUGAA